GCUCUGAGGACUGACCAGCAGCAGACUGUAUUCAGAUACUGAAGGAGGCGGCGAAAGAAAGAGCGACAGAGUCAGGGUUAACCUGAGGGUUAAAGAAGAAAUGAGAUCAACAUAACUCAGCCAGGGCAUUGCCUCCAAAGCCUUAUUGAUAUGUCCUGGCGCGCCACGAAAUGUCGGGAAAGAACCCCAAGCGUAUUGUCAAACAACGACAAUAAGUACAAUAGGCAGGAGUCGGACCUGAAACACACUCAGUGUUCUAUUGAGCGACAAUGUCCAUUCAUCUUUAUCCUGGCGCUAUUUGUUGCGCUUUCUUGUCUUCCAUCGCAGCUUAGUGUUUCAUUACCUUUUCACAGCGACUUGCUCGGCGCUUCCGUUGGAUUUUGGUUGGUGUUCCCAGGAGAUUCCUUUAGCGCUGUCUUAUACAGGGAAAAUACAGUGAUCGACUUACAUGCCCGAUUGCUAUUCACCCUACUUACAGAGCCCCAAGCCUGAGAAGGAGGAGAUCGGCUAGUUGAUCGCGGAUGUGUCCUAUCGAACUGCCAUGGCUAUUAUUUAUUCACCCAAUCGCCCAUCCGAUAUAACCGCCCAA